AUGGGAACUAGAAAAGCAAAGGUGAUUCUACAUAGGGUGUCACUCUUCAUAUCUGAAAGCCAUCUUGGUUUUUUCUUUUCUAAAUAUGGGGACGUCUCCGACGUCUGCCCUAUUAAAGUUAAGAAGCAUGAAGAAAACACCACAAGAAGACUUCCUUCUUCUCCUCUGAAUGCACCAUUGUCCAACAUUCGCAAUUCAACUCAUCAAACACCCCCUUCUAAUACCACAGCAGCCGACGACAUUUCCACUCCUCUCCACAUCCUUCUUUCCACCAGCACACCAGCCUAUCGUUUAAUCUCUCUCUCUCUCUCUCUCUCUCUCUAUCUAUCUAUCUAUCUAUCUAUCUAUCUAUUUGUUUCUUAUUAUAUUGAUUUUCAUUUCUAUCUAUCUAUCUAUUUAUCUAUCUAUCUAUCUCAUUCGUUUUAUUUAUCUAUCUAUCCCUAUCGUUUAAUAUCUCUCUUUCAUUUCAUUAUCUAUCUAUCUAUCUAUCUAUCUAUCUAUCUAUCUCAUUCGUUUUGUUUCAUCUAUCUAUCUAUCUAUCUAUCUAUCUAUAUCUCAUUUGUUUCAUUUUUAUCUAUCUACCUCAUUCGUUUCAUUUGCUAUCUAUCCCAGUCGUUUAAUCUCUAUCUUUCUAUCUAUCUAUCUAUCUAUCUAUCUAUCUAUCUAUCUAUCUAUCUAUCUAUCUAUCUCAUUAUUUCAUUUCAUUAUCUAUCUAUCUAUCUAUCUAUCUAUCUAUCUAUCUAUCUAUCUAUCUAUUUCAUUCGUUUCAUUUGCUGUCUAUCCCAGUUGUCUAAUGUCUCUCUCUCUAUCGAACUAUCUAUCGAUAUUAUUUGUUUCAUUAUCUAUCUAUCUAUCUAUCUAUCUAUCUAUCUAUCUAUCUAUCUAUCUCAGUCAACAUGCUUUUUCCCAAAUGUAGAUGUCUGCAGCGGUGGAACUUGA